AUGUCAGAAACCAAAUUAGAAAUUAUUGUAAAUUAUUUUUGGAUAUUUUUUGGAGAGAUAUAUCAGCUUUGGGCAGCAUUAAUGUUUACACACAUUUUUUAUAUUUUGUUAAAAGAUUGGUUGGUAGAGGCUAUUUUUAAUUAA